GUGAAGGACUCUGGCACUCAGUAGCUCUGGCUAGCUUAGAACCACUACAAGAUGAAGUUUAACCUGGUGUUCCUGGUGCUCCUGCUCUCCGUGGCGAUGGUCUUCGCCACCUUUGGCAAGAAAGGUGGCGGCGGAGGCUUGUUUGGUGGCAAGAAAGGCAAGGGCGCCGCCCCUCCUCCGCCUCCCCCUCCGCCUCCUGUCAGAGUGAUUCCCUACCCCGUCUACUACGGCGGCUAUGGCGGCUAUGGCGGCUAUGGCGGCUACGGCGGCUAUGGCGGCUAUGGCGGCUAUGGCGGCUAUGGCGGCUACGGCAGAUAAACUCACCAACUGGAAGCUGGAGCGUUGAUCGGGGACAAAUGUUAGCGCUCAUGCGCUCAUCUUCCUUCAUGCUGUGCAUGACAAAUAAUACUUAAUAUUUCAUCAUAUAUUUUUAUAUAUCUGUAGCAAGAUCUUAUUCCUUUUCAGAAGAUCUCCAAGUGAGGUUAAAAUAGUCUAGUCUCUGUUAGGUCAUGUAACUAAAACCUCUCAUCUUGCCUACUCGUUGCCAAUGUGUAGCUCUGUGUCCCUCUGAGAAUAUACUGUGCCAGAACAACGCCACAGACACCGAGCAAGUAGUACACAGCCUCGUCUGGGACACGAACUUACUUCAUCCCGUCCGAGGCGACUCCCUGCGGUCACAACCUCCUAAAGGGGUUGCCGUCUCCCAGACAGCUUCUCUGUCUUGAAAACUGCAUCUCAUCAACGUGCUGCUUGGCCAGUGUCUUCAACAGCAAGACCCGUGGCUUAAUCUCCAGCUCCCACGAUUCGCAGUCGUUCACUUAAUACUAUUUCAUGCAGGACGGCGUUCAAUCCCCAACCGUCCAAGUGGUUGGGCACCAUUUCUUUCCCCCGUCCCAUCCCAAAUCCUUAUCCUGACCCCUUCCAAGUGCUGUACAGUCUUAAUGGCUUGGCACUUUCUCCUGAUAUUCCCCUCCCUCACUUAAUGUUCUAGGAUCAUUCACCUUGAGUCUGUUCUUGUUAACUCACUAAGUACAUAAAUAUAAUGACCAUA